GUCACACAGGUUCAAUCGCGCAAGACGGUGGCAAAAGACAAACAGAAAAAUGUCGUGUUGUGCCGUGGGAUGCCAGAAUCGUAAUUCUGUAAACAGUGACCUGAAGUUUUACAGAAUACCAUCAGAUAACAACUCGUUUAAUGCCAACCGCAGACGUCGUUGGUUACAAGCUAUCAGAAGAUCCGAUUGGAACAAAGACCUUAUUAAAAAUGCCAGGCUUUGCAGUUCACACUUCAUAUCAGGAGAGGUCUCCAUGGACUUCAAUAGUCCAGACUUUGUACCUUCUGUCUUUUCCUUCGCAACCCAGUGUGAAAUAGACAAAGGAGAUACAAAACUUGAGAGAUUUAAGAGGAAAAGAAAAAGGGAAGAAACCAUCCACAGACCACCAGAUGAUGUACAGCGGUCCAAAGAAGCUAGUGAUGAGGCUUCUGGAGCUUGCCUGUCCUCAGAUGACUGCAGAAUGGAGCCUGGUGCUGAUCAAUGCACUGAAGCCACAGUCCCAAAGGUUCUCCAUGAUGAUCUGAAACACAAGUACAGCCAACUUUCUACAGAGUGUGUCAAUCUGCGUUUGGAGAUCGACAAACUGAAAACUGAGAAUGAGGAACUAAAGGCAACACUCAUGAAUACACAAUUUUCCUUUAGCUCUAUCAAGAGUAAAGCAGUGCAGGUUCUGUUUUUCACAGGGCUGACCAGUGUCUUAUUUGAGUGGUUGAGUCACAAACUUAAAAACAGUGUAGAGGUUGUGCGUGGCUCUAUGAACCUGAAGGAUCAUCUAUUGAUCGUCCUAAUGAAACUUAGACUAGGGCUCUGCAACAAGGAUAUUGCUUUCAGAUUUAAUGUCACAGAAAGUGACAUUUCAAACAUUUUGAGAAGUUGGCUCCCUGUUAUGUCUGCGACUUUAAAGCCUCUCAUAAAGUGGCCAAGCAAGCAUGCAGUAUUAAAGAAUAUGCCAAAAUGUUUUAAACCUAAAUAUAAACAUUGCAGGUGCAUUAUUGACUGUACAGAAAUUUUUAUCAAUAGACCCACAAAUUUAACCUCCAGAGCCCAGACGUACUCGAAUUAUAAAAGCCACAACACUAUUAAAUAUUUGAUUGGCAUGUCACCUUCAGGAGCCAUUUCUUUUCUGUCGGCAGGUUGGGGUGGGCGAGUUUCAGACAAACAAAUUACAGCUGAGUCUGGAUUUUAUGACCUUCUAGAGCAUAAUGAUGAGAUACUAGCAGAUCAGGGUUUUACCAUCAGAGAUGAGCUUGCCACACGUGGUGCCACACUUAGGAUCCCUCACUUUACCAAAGGUAAAAAGCAGCUCUCUGCUCAAGAAGUGGACAUAUCAAGGCGUUUGUCUAAUGUGAGAAUACACAUUGAACGAAUAAUAGGUAGAUGGAAAAAUUUUAAAAUUCUGACAACUAUUAUUCCACUCACACAGGUUGACCUGUUAGAUGAUAUAGUGAUUGUUUGUGGAGCACUAACAAACCUUUGUAAAUGUAUAGUCCCAAAAUAGCUUAAUUUAGAUUUAUUCUGUAAGUAACUGUUUAUUGUCAUCAACACAAUUAAUUGCACAUUCAAGUGUUAAAAUUUAAAAUAUUAGUACUGUAUUAAAUCAUUUGCUUCGAAGAA